GUCACUCUGCCAUCAGCAUGUGGAGGCUCCUUGUCGCGUUCCUCCUGGCCGCCGAGGCCCACGGCUGUGGAGAUCCCGCCUAUCCCCCCGUCCGAACCGGGAGGGUAGUGAACGGAGAAGAUGCCAUUCCUUACAGCUGGCCCUGGCAGGUGUCCCUGCAAUACCAGUCUGGAAACUUCUUCUACCACACCUGCGGGGGAAGCCUCAUCCACCCCAACUGGGUAAUGACCGCCGGGCACUGCAUCCAUCGACACCUCCGCUACAAAGUCGUCCUGGGUGAAUAUAACCUGGCCAAGGUGGAGAGCACAGAACAGGAGAUUUUGAUCAACCCCGAGGACAUUUUCGUGCACCCCGGCUGGAACCCCAACUGCAUUGCCUGCGGGGACGACAUUGCCCUGAUCAAACUCUCCCGCCCAGCCGUUCUCAACGACAAGGUGCAGCCGGCGUGCCUCCCCCCACGAGGAGAGGUGCUCCCCAACUAUGCUCCCUGCUACAUCACUGGCUGGGGCACGCUCUACACCGGCGGCCCCAUGCCUGACAUCCUUCAGCAGGCGCUUCUGCCAGUCGUGGACUAUGCCCAUUGCUCCCAGCCGGACUGGUGGGGGACUUCCGUCAAGCAGAGCAUGGUGUGUGCCGGUGGGGACAUCAAAUCCGGAUGCAACGGUGACUCCGGGGGACCCCUCAGUUGCCCAGCUGCUGACGGCCGGUGGUACGUUCACGGGGUGACCAGCUUCGGCUCUGGAUGGGGUUGUAACACCCUGAAGAAGCCCACUGUCUUCACGCGCGUCUCUGCUUUCAUCCCCUGGAUCGAACAGAUCAUUUCCAGCUAUUCCCGCUAAGCAGAAACGUGUCUGGCCUUUCCAGAUUGGGCUCUGCUUGUAUACAA